AUGAAGAUCCAGUUGGUCUUUCUGGUGGUGGUUCUUCUGUACGCCACUGCACUCUCUGAAGAUCAAGACAUCGCUCCAUAUGACAAGUUCAAAAACCAACAUGUUAUUGUUAAGAUGAGUGAUGAUAAGUGUGAUUCUGUGAUAAAAUUCAGGAAAAUCAAGUACAAAAACGGUUGUAAAAAGAUAAACACAUUCAUCCUGGGUAGCGUCAAGACAGUCACAGCCAUCUGUAAACCUAAAGGACAAAACACAUACAGUGGCAAGAUCGUAAGCCAAAAAAAGUUUAAGAUCAUUGUGUGUAAACUGACAAAAAACUCGCCAAAGUACCCAAAAUGUCAGUAUGAAGGUCAUUCAUUCACCAAGAAGAUUGCAAUCACGUGCAAAAAAGGUCUUCCUGUGCACUAUGAUCGAGAUGUUGAUGACAGAGAGGAAUGA